AUGGCGCACCCCUGCCUCCAGCUGUCCAGCGCAGAGCCGCAUCCCAAGACCAAUUCGGUCUUUCCUACGGUGCCUGCGCUCCAGCAAGAAGUACCAACAGUAUCUCCGAAGCAGAGCGGCGGACCCCCACCUUCUGCCUCUGGCUGUCCAGAGGACCCCGGCGGACCCCCCCUUUUCGCCCCCAGCUUCCCGGAGGACCCCGGCGGCUCCCCGCCCCCCGCCUGCAGCUGUCCGGAGGACCCCAACGGACCCCCGCCUUCCGCCUCCGGCUUACCGGAGGACCCCAGCGGCCCCCGCCCCCACACCUCCGGCUGUCCCGAGGACCACGGCGGACCCCCGUCUCACACCUCCGGCUGUCCCGAGGACCCCGGCGGACCCACGCCUUCCGCCUCCAGCUGUCCGGAGGACCCCGGCGGCCCCCCGCCCCCCCUCCUUCGGCUUUCCGGAGGACCCCAGCGGACCCCUGCCUUCCGCCUCCGGCUUUUCGGAGGACCCCGGCAGCCCCUCGUCCCCCUCAUCCGGCUGUCCAAAGGAACCCAGCAGCCCCCCGCCCCUCUCCUCCGGCUGUCCCGAGGACCCCGAACUCUGGCGGCCCCCCGCCUUCGGCCUGUGGCUAACCCGAGGACCCCGGUGGCCCCCCCACCUUCCGCCUCUGGCUGUCCCGAGGACCCCGGUGGCCCCCUUCCCCCUUCCUCCGGCUGUCCGGAAGACCCUAGCAGGCCCCUACCUUCCGCCUCCCACUGUCUGGAGGCCCUGAGUUCCCGGGAUGGAGCAGCAACCCCCCACCCCCCUCGCCCUCCACCCCGGGGGGCCCUUCGUGCCCACGGCCUAAACCAGUAA